UAAAGCCAAGCCGCUACAGAGACUAGAGAGAGAGAGGAGGGUUAUGUCGGAGGCAUAUUACUGUGCGAGGGAGAAGAAACCCUGUGUGGGUUGGGUAGAGAAGUACUUCAAGGACUGCCUUUGCAACACCAAAGACAAGUACUCGUUCGGUUUUGGAGUAAUGAGUCUGGUUUGUUGGGGAGUUGCGGAAAUCCCUCAAAUCAUAACUAACUUCAACACCAAGUCUAGCCACGGCGUUUCACUCACUUUCCUCCUCACUUGGGUCGCCGGUGAUGCAUUCAAUCUUGUGGGUUGUCUUCUGGAACCUGCAACGUUACCCACUCAGUUCUACACUGCUCUGCUCUACACGAUAAGCACUCUUGUACUGGCGCUGCAAGGCUUAUACUAUGAUCACGUAUACAGGUGGUGCAAACGCAAACGAAUGGACACUGUAGACCAACAGGAUGGGGACGAGAAAAGGCCUUUGAGAUCCAAGACAGCCGAUUCAGGAAUACCAAUACCCAGGGGCCCACCAAAACCAACUCCUCGCAGGGAGUUCUAUUAUACGUCAGCUAGAUCUCUGGCUGGAAGUGGUACGCCACCAUUUAGAACAUACUUAAGGGUAGCUAAAAGUGGUCCUCCGGCAAUGGAAGUUGACAGCGAUUCGUCGUCUGAAGAUGAGACAACCACUACCACUCCUGCUCCAACUAAUAGAACUGUUAGCCAGGCUAGGUCAAUCCCAAGAUCUGUUGGAUAUGGGACAUUCUUUGCUACAUCGCUCAACUUGCCCUUCCAAAGCAAGGGUUUGUCAGAAGCAUACAUGGGAUUUACUGGAAGAAGAUUACUCUUGCAUGAAGGUGCAGGUGGGAUGGAGCACAGUGCUUUUGGACAAUGGUUGGGAUGGUUGAUGGCUGCUAUUUAUAUGGGAGGCCGAAUCCCUCAAAUAUUGUUGAACGUUAAAAGAGGUAGCGUGGAGGGCUUGAACCCGCUGAUGUUCAUAUUUGCUCUGCUGGCCAACCUCAGUUAUGUCUUAAGUAUUGUUGUUAGAACCAGGGAAUGGGAGAAAAUAAAGCCCAAUUUGCCUUGGCUACUGGAUGCAGUCGUCUGUGUCGCACUCGACUUAUUUAUUUUGUUGCAGUACAUUUACUACAGAUACUUCCCAAAGAAUGGAGCAGACUUCACGGACCCAAGUAAAGCCUGAUGAUUGAUGGCAAUAUUGCCUUCCAUUUUUGGAAUAAUCAAGUUUCUAUUUACUAGUGACUACUGAGAUUGUUCAAUGUGACCCCUCCAUAUGCUUGAGGCUCUUGAGAUUAUGCUCUAAAUUCUUAGUUCUUUUUUUUUUUUUUAAAUUGCGGAAUGAGUAAUUACGAAUUUACUUGGAGGAGUGUGGAUUACUUCGUUUCUUUUGAGUGACAACAAUGUUUGGAGGGAUCUCAGUAAUAAU